UACCAAAACAUCAGCCCCACCCCUAACCUCAAGGGGAAAAAUUAGAAAGCAGCUAAGCGUCGAGCACUGACAUGAUACAGCAGAGUGAUGGCAAGCUCCACAAAGUCUCUGUGUAAGCUGGGUGACCUUCCCAAACAUCUGCAGUUCAACAAGGACAUUCUGACUGGCUACAGACAGCCUAUGACCACCAGGGAGUGUGUACAUAGUUGGACCUACAUUCACAAUGAGUCUUUCAACUGCUACUCUCACUGUCUGGCACUGCUGUACUUUGUCUACAUCACUACCGACUACUCCAAUGUAUGGCCUUCAAAUCCCGACACGUCUACAGCUGUGAAAUUUCUGAUUGUGAACGAUUUCAUUUGUAGGAUUUUCCCGUUUACAUUGAGCAUAAUCUAUCACACUUUUAUGCCUCAUAUUACGGGAGAGAAAACUUACAAAAGGCUGCUGAAAACAGACAUUCUUGGGGUAUGGUGGAUAUGCACAUUCGGUCCAUUGUCAAGCGUCUAUACGGGUCUCUUUUGUACACCUAAAGUGAUGGCCUGCUAUCUCCUUGUCUACUCAUUUGUGUCUGCUUAUGUUCUGUUCUAUUUGAUGGUUGUCGACUGUAAGCAGAAGAGAACUUCAGCUCUCACCGUGCAAUUUGCUCUUCGUGUUUUGCUACAUCCGUUACGACUUAGUUCGCUGUCGCAUUCAAGCACUUCUGGUGUGUGCUAUUACAUGGCUAUGGAUGUUGUUUCUGCAGUUGGUGCUCUCAUCAAUACCUUCCAUGUACCCGAGCGGUGGUGUCCGGGGAAACUCGACUAUGUCCUCAACGGUCAUACCAUUAUGCACGUUGCUGCUAUUGCAUGCAUCGUUAUUGCACGAUACGGUUUUCUCAGUGAUGUACUGUGGCUGAAUGAAGUUGGAACUUGUCCUACCAUCGUUAGUGAUGCCAGCUUUUAAAACUAUGGAAUAUGAACUCAGCCCUGUUUAGUGUUUUUAUAGAGACUCUGCUAUAAUUAUACAUAACUGAUUUUAAACCAUCAUAUUUUUUUUGUUAAAUAACAGACCGAUUGCAUAAAACAUGAUAUACACCAAAUGAUUGCAAUUUAA